AUGGACGUCCUGGAGGAGGCGAACUUGGUGCUGUCCAUCUCCUCUGCCUCGGACGCAGAAUUUGAUGCUGUGGUCGGAUAUUUAGAGGACAUUAUCAUGGAUGCUGAGUCCCAAUUACUACAGAGAAAUUUCAUGGACAAGUACUACCGGGAGUUUGAAGACACAGAGGAGAAUAAACUCACCUACACACGCAUUUCUAAUGAAUAUAUUUCUCUAGUGGAGAAGUACAUUGAGGAGCAGCUGCUGGAGCAGAUCCCAGGGUUCAGCAUGGCAGCCUUCACGACAACGUUACAGCACCAUAAAGAUGAAGUGGCUGGUGACAUCUUUGACAUGCUGCUCACAUUUACAGAUUUUCUGGCUUUUAAAGAAAUGUUUCUAGACUACAGAGCAGAAAAGGGAGGCCAGGGGCUGGAUUUAAGCAGUGGCUUGGUAGUGACAUCGUUGUGCAAAUCAUCUACAAUGCGAGCUUCCCAGAACAAUCUGCAGCACUAGGUAAUGAAUGGGAUC